AUGCCGAAGCCUGCGCGCGCUGAGAUCAGCGCGCCCAGGCUCCGCGGACCUCUCCGCGAGCAGCGGCAGCGCUGCCGCUGCUUGCGGAGAGUUGCCGGCAUGCCGAAGCCUGCGCGCGCUGAGAUCAGCGCGCCCAGGCUUCGCGGACCUCUCCGCGAGCAGCGGCAGCGCUGCCGCUGCUUGCGGAGAGUUGCCGGCAUGCCGAAGCCUGCGCGCGCUGAGAUCAGCGCGCCCAGGCUCGCGGACCUCUCCGCGAGCAGCGGCAGCGCUGCCGCUGCUUGCGGAGAGUUGCCGGCAUGCCGAAGCCUGCGCGCGCUGAGAUCAGCGCGCCCAGGCUCGCGGACCUCUCCGCGAGCAGCGGCAGCGCUGCCGCUGCUUGCGGAGAGUUGCCGGCAUGCCGAAGCCUGCGCGCGCUGA